CGUAAAUGGUGCUCUUGGUCUGCAUGUACUGGCCGGGCUAGUUCUGCAUGCAAGUGGUUGCAUGCUUCCUAGAAUAGGCGAGUAGCGGCACAUCACUUGCGCAGCUUCCUCCCUCCAGAUCGGCCUCGCCUGCUCGUCUCCCUCAACAACCGGCAGCCUCCCCUCUUCCGGAUCAAGCACCACAAUCUCCUUUCGUUUUCUUCACUUCUUCUUGUUCAAAAAACAAUACCGGUUCUUCUUCUUCGUCGUCGUCGUCGCCGAUGAGCUACUACAACCCGCAUGCCCCUGUCGGCGCCCCGCCCCCGCAAGGGUACCCGAUGGAUCCGUACGCCAAGACCGGCGUCGAGGAGAGCCAGCACCAGCCGUACCCGCCGCCGCCGGGCCAGCCGUACCCGCCGUCGCCGCAGAACCAGCCGUACCCGCCGUCGCCGCCGAACCAGCCGUACCCUCCUGCGCCGAACCAGCCGUACCCGCCGUCGCCGCCGAACCAGCCGUACCCUCCUGCGCCGAACCAGCCGUACCCGCCGUCGCCGCCGAACCAGCCGUACCCUCCUCCGCCGAACCAGCCGUACCCGCCGUCGCCGCAGCAGCAGCAGAACCGCGAGCAGUACGCGCCACUGCCGCCCGGCCAGCCGUACCCGUCGCCGGCGGGCCAACCGUACCCGCCGCCGCCGGGACAGCCGUACCCGCCGCCGAUGGCGUACCCGGCGCACCCGUACGCGCAGCCCUACGGGUACCCGCCGCCGCAGCCGUACCCGCCGUACGCGCAGCCGCCGCCGCCCCCGCCGCACCGGCACGAAGGCCCGUCCUUCGCCCAGGGAUGUCUUGCAGCAUGUUGUUGCUGUUGUCUCAUGGAUGCAUGCUUCUAAGAGAAAACAUGGAUCACUAUACAAACUGACGGAAGACUUGGUUACAAUAGUUGGGGGACGUCAACAUUAGUUCGUUUAGACCCGAAGAGUUUUGUAUUCAUUACUUCACAUAAUUAAAGUUGUGUUGAGUGCAUGUGUUCGAUGAAACCAUGAAAGUUAGUUAGUUAGGAGGGUAUGUUGUAGUUUUGGUAAUACAUUUAGUCACUGAUAAAAAAUGCUAUCAUCUAACUGAUAUAUCCAUAGAUAUCAAUAAAUAAGGUUGUGUUUGCCACUGAGGUGAAUAAUGAUAA